UAAUGGUUGGCUACGAUUAAGAUCGUCGGUCAGUCAGUCAACAGUGCGCAUAUGGAAUAAUCCUUGAAGAGCAGCCUGCUCCACUGCUCCAUUUCCACGGAAGUGCAGUGCGCAUAGCAUCACGGCUGGAGAAGGAAUGGAAGCGUCAAAGAAAAGUAGAGUAACGAACGACAAGGAUAUCUAGAAAACGUAUUGAAUAAGAGAGUUUUAUAGGAGACGGCGAGCAGCAGAACCACACUCAUCCUUGAUCCUUCCGUUUUGGUUUAAAUUAUAGGCUAAUUAAAUUGCUUCUUCACGGACAAGAUCCUAAGGCUACAUGACAGAACAAACCAAACGAUACUGUAUCGAUAUGUGUCGGGGGACAAUGAAUAUAACCGAAGAAUUCUGCGUCAAAGUGUUCCGAUAGGGCGCUGGACCGAGCCGCACCAUGAAGACCCAGAAGGCCGGGGCCCCCGGGGGCCCAACGCCAAGCUCUCCUUCCCCACGCCAACGGAUGUCUGGUUUCAGCCUGCGGGGCCGGAAGAAGAAGGAGGGCCUGAUCCAAGGCAAGCUGCGGAUCCGCUCUGUGCCAGGAGCCUUCCUAGUGCUGGGGUUCAUUGUGGUGGUGGUGGGCACGGCUCUGGCAGUGGCUGGGUACUGGCCCUACCGGUCCCACCGAUCAUCACAGCUCCUUGGACUUGGACAACAAGGCUCUGGUUCUGUGGACAGAGCAGCAGGAGGUAGAGGUAAGGGUGUCUCUGAGCCCCAGUCAUCCGGUUGGAACCUGGGGGCUAAGAGACUCCUGACCACAGCCAGUCUGAUCCACAGUGAGCGGAUGAAGCUCCUGGGACCAGUCAUCAUGGGCGUGGGGCUGUUCAUCCUCAUCUGUGCCAACACGGUGCUGUACGAGAACCGCGACAGAGAGACCCAGAUGCUGCUGGCCCAGAUGCAGAGCGUCAUCUGUUCGGUGUCGGCGGCCGUGCCCUCGGCCGACCUCUCAGACAUGUCAGCAGCCAACUCCAUGGCCAGACACUACCAGUGGGUGAGCAGUCUGCCUGCCACCCACCUUAACAUCCUCUGUCUGCAGCAGCUGGCCAGCUCAGAGCCCCUGCUGCAGACGACCAGAGACAGCAGGGAGGAGGAGGAGAGGGCUGACUAUACGUACCAGCAGGCCACCGUACAGACGGAGGCUCUACACCACCAGGAGUCAGCCUCCACCCCUUCCCUCCACUCAUCCCAUUCCAACUCCUGCAACUCCAGCAAGACAGACUUCAACACGCUGUGGGGCGGUGGUGAGCCAGGCGUAGGGGGCUCCAGCCCAGACCCCCAGCCCGCUCACCUCUUUAAGCUCCACAACUGUCUGGUGUCAGCCAGCUCCAUGUCCACUCUGGGAGGGGACGACUGGGAGAGGUCGGAGGUCACAGCCAUGCUUCCCAGGCGCUCCUACAGUCUUAGCUACAGGACUAACCCAGGCCCCCACGGGCCCCAGACUGUAAUACGUCUACAGGAAGGGGCCAUGCGACCUGGGGGACCUGGGGCGGACCCACAGAUAGUGCAGCACAAGCCCACGCGGAGGGAGCGCAGCUUGGACGUGUGUGUGAACAUGGUUGGAUGUGUGGAGACCCCGGAGCUCACCCCCGUAGAGGAACAGAGGCAUCGCAGCUGGCCCCGGUUAGACCUGGGCUGUGCCCGCAGGUACCUGAAGCUGGACAAUAAGGAGGACUCGGUGGACAGACUGCUAGACCAGUUGGAGCAGCAGUGUUCUCAGUGGGAUAAGAGUUUCGGCUCAGGGCCUUUCCAAUGAGACCCAGUAAGGGCCCCAUAUCUCAAUAUGGCCCCAUAUCAAGGUCCUCUGUCUGUUUUUUAAAAGCAGCUUAUAAAUAAAGAAAGACCCUCAUGGAUGCUGAUAUAUCGACGACCAGGAGUAGGAGCUUUUUCUGUUGGAUUAUAACACUGUUUUCACUGACUCCUGAACCCGAGAAACCCUUUUAUGUACAACACCGAAUUCCUCUCCACAGUGUCGAGCAGCUUCCAAAUCUGAAGAUACAAACCUUUUAGAAACCUUGUUUCUCGGACUUCCCAUGGCGUGGAUAUAUAAACACAAGCGUUGGAGGACUGCAGACCAAUGGGAUCAGUUUGGCAGACAUUCUGUUUUAAGAGGGGAACAAUACUCCAUACUGUCAAAGAUACGUUGGAGACAUUUCCCAGUCUGUUUACUGGGUGACAGUUAGACUUGACACUUGGCAACACUGAAGGAAUCAAUUUGUCUUUCAUUGCCAAGGCAUUGCUUGUUUCCAGGACACAACAAGCACAUCCGAAUGUGGGAGGUGGAAAACGCAUUAUAACGAGGGACUGUCUUCACUGUGUAAUCUAUUUAAAAACCAAACUACUCAAAUCUGUCGGCGAGCCUCAGAUGUGCUUCUGAUAACAGCUAGUACAAUAAAACACAUGUUCCAUAGACCAAAA